AUGGUACAGUCGCCUCCACUCGCUCAAGAACCCAAGAGUCGACUUCUAACUGCAACAGAGGUCCUCGGCAUCCAAAGCAGCGCGAGCAAGGCAGAAAUCAAAAAAGCCUACCACAAGGCCGCGUUGGCACACCACCCCGACAAGGUCGCAGAAGACCAGCGCGAGGAAGCAGAGAUCCGCUUCAAGGCGGCGAAACAGGCCUACGAAAUCCUCAACGAUGACGAGAAGCGACACCUCUACGACACCCACGGCAUGGCUGCCUUCGACCCCUCCAAAGGCAUGGGCGGCGGCGGCCCCGACAUGGACGACAUCUUUGCGCAAAUGUUCGGCGGCAUGGGUGGCAUGGGCGGCGGCAUGGGCGGGUUCGGCGGAAUGCCAGGCAUGGGCGGUAUGGGAGGCGGACGCAACGUGCCACGGAAAGGCCGUUCAGUAGAGCAGGAGUACGAGGUCAGCCUGGAGGAGCUGUACAAGGGCAAGACGACCAAGUUCUCCAACACCAAGAACAUUGUGUGUUCGAAUUGCAAGGGCAGCGGCGGCAAGCAGGGCGCAAAGAGCCAUGCAUGUGGCAUGUGCGGCGGCCAAGGACUGAAAGCCGUACUUCGCCAAGUAGGCCCCGGCCUCGUCACCCAAGAGACAGUGCCCUGCGGCAACUGUCAGGGAACCGGCGAGAUCAUCCCCGAGAAGCAGCGAUGCAAGAAGUGCAAGGGCAAGAAGGUCGUCGAGUCGAAGAAUGUCCUCGAACUCUACAUCCCCCGCGGCGCCCGAGAAGGCGAGCGCAUAGUUCUGGCUGGCGAGGCGGACCAAUUACCGGACCAAGAGCCUGGCGACAUCAUCUUCACGCUCAAGGAGACCGAGCACGAUGUCUUUGAGCGCGCAGGUGCCGAUCUCAGGGCAGAGCUGAAGAUCUCCCUGGUGGAGGCGCUCACUGGCUUCAAUCGCGUCGUUGUGACACAUCUCGACGGACGCGGCAUACAGCUCAACGUACAGCAACCGAACGGCAAGAUCCUGCGCCCCGGACAGGUCCUCAAGAUUCAAGGUGAGGGUAUGCCCAUGAAAAAGACCGACACUAAGGGCGACCUCUUCCUUGUCGUCGACAUCGAAUUCCCGGAAGACGGAUGGCUCACGGACGAUGCUGCGGUACAAAAGGUCAAGGACGCAUUACCCGCACCCGACCAUGAGGAGAAGGAGCACGAAGAGAUUGAAGAGGUGGAGGCUGACUUUGAUGCCGAGAUGGAUGAGUUUGGUGCCGGUAGCGGAGACCCGCGCGCUGGUGGUCAGGAGUGGGAAGACGAUGAUGAGGGCGAGGGUGGACCGCAGUGCGCGACGCAAUAG